ACAUCUUAUACAUUCAUAUACAUACUACUGUGUGUAACAACUAAAAUGAAAAAGAAUCGGAAAAGUCCAACUAGGGACGAUCUCAAAGUCAGAAUUCGGACAAGCAUCAUCCCACGAUAGAAAAGCUCGGUCCAUCCUCGGCCCUUCCUCUUUGCCUGCCUGCCUUUCCCGGUCGGCCAUUGAUACGUUGUAUUUUGCUCAAAUUUUUUCGUCUCUGGCUGCCCUCUGUGCCCACUCGGCCAUUGAUGUAGAUAGGACUUCGGAGCUGGAAGGGUUGAGUCUGAACUGGAUCAGGAAUCAGGGAACAUGUCUAAAACGUUGCCGUAUUCGAUGAAAGAUGUGGAUUAUGAUAACGCCAAAUUCCGCCAUCGAUCCCUUCUCAAGACCUUUAUUCAGUCAUCGCUUACAAGUAAUGUGAAGCGGGAGUGUACCAAAUGUAGUACUGGAAAGUUCCUUGUGCUAUUACUGAUUGGUGGAUUAACAUAUCUAAUGAUCACACAUACCAGUACUUCAGUUUCUGUUUCCAGCAAUGCUAAAUCAAACAACAUAGGGACUGAGGAACUAAGCAGUUUACGAAGAUUUUGGAGAAAACCACCAAGGCUUCCUCCUAGAUUAUCACCAGAUGAAAUGAGUAGUAAGAGUGUACCUAAUCGUACUCUUGAGAAAUUAAAUACAAAAAGUAUUUGGAUGGCUAGGCAACAAAAGGUCAAGGAGGCAUUUUUACAUGCAUGGUCUGGAUACAAAACUUAUGCUAUGGGUUAUGAUGAACUUAUGCCUCUAAGCCGUAGGGGGGUUGAUGGUUUAGGAGGUCUAGGAGCAACAGUGGUGGAUGCUUUAGACACAGCCAUGAUAAUGGGAGUUGAAGAAGUAAUUGUUGAUGCAGGUUCAUGGAUCGAAAAACAUCUUCCUGAGAGGAUCAGCGGAAAAGGUCAAGUGAAUUUGUUUGAAACUACUAUUCGUAUUUUAGGCGGCCUUUUGAGUGCUUAUCAUUUGAGCGGGGGGCAAGGGGGAAGUUCGUUGCACAAAGGGCCCAAACCAGUUGUCUAUCUAGAUAAUGCUAGGGAUUUGGCUGAUCGCCUGCUGGUUGCAUUUACAUCAAGUCCCUCUGAUAUUCCAUUCAGUGAUGUGGUUCUACGUGAGCACUCUGCACACCCUGCUCCUGAUGGCAUGAGCAGUACUGCAGAAGUUUCAACUUUGCAGCUGGAAUUUAAUUAUCUUAGUUAUCUAACUGGGAACCCAAAGUAUGGCUUAGAAUCAAUGAAGGUUUUUGAACAUCUGAAGACCCUGUCGAAGGUGGAGGGACUGGUUCCGAUAUACAUAAGCCCUCAUUCAGGUGAAUUCAAUGGAGAGAACAUCAGACUUGGAUCUCGAGGUGACAGCUAUUAUGAGUACCUCAUCAAAGUCUGGCUUCAGCAGAGAGGGAGAAAUUCAACAUACUUGUUUGACAUGUAUGAGGAAGCGAUGAAGGGUGUCAGGCACCGUCUUGUUCGGCAAUCUGUCCCUAAUGGAUUGGUCUUUGUAGGAGAAUUGCCUUAUGGAUCUCAAGGUUCUUUUAGUCCAAAAAUGGAUCACCUGGUAUGUUUCCUGCCUGGUGCCCUUGCACUUGGUGCAACUAAAGGCCUAACCAAAGACAAGGCUGUUAAAGAAAGCAUCCUCACUUUUGAAGACCUAGAGAAUUUGAAGCUUGCAGAAGACUUGACUAAGACAUGUGUGGAAAUGUAUUCAGUAACUUCUACUGGUCUUGCUUCAGAAAUUGUUUACUUCAAUAUAGAGGGAAAUUCUGAAAGUGGUCCUGAUGGUGGAAACAAGAGUUCCAAAUAUGUGCGUGACAUUAUCAUAAAACCAGCUGACAGGCACAAUCUUUUGCGUCCUGAAACAGUUGAAUCAUUGUUCAUCUUGUAUCGCAUUACAGAAGAUCCCAAAUAUCGCGAGUGGGGUUGGCAGAUUUUUGAGGCCUUUGAAAAGCAUACAAAGGUUGAUACUGGUGGUUAUACAUCUUUGGAUGAUGUCACAACAAUACCUCCACAAAGAAGAGACAAGAUGGAGACUUUUUUCUUGGGUGAAACACUGAAGUACUUGUAUUUGUUGUUUGGAGACGAAAGUGUUCUUCCUUUGGAUGAGUUUGUAUUUAAUACUGAAGCUCAUCCAUUUCCAAUCCUUGGCAAUCUUGUAAAGCAAUGAUUCUACAAGAAGCAUAAUGACUGUAAGACCCACAAGUCAUUCUUUGGUGCUCAGACUCAGCUCAUGUGGAAUUCUCUCUGCAUCUAAAAGCAGAUGAAUUUGGCUAUGAUACCGAGACAUAGGACAUACAACUAAUUUCUUCAAUAGCUCAGGUGUAGCUACUUCUGCACCGUUAUAUAUGUAUGGCUUUCUGGAUCAAUUUCAAUUUUGCAAGAUUUUAUACCUCAGUGUAUCAAAUUACACAAUCAAGUAGACCAUUUUUUCCUGUAACUGAGAAGUAAUGAUCAUAUGACUUGUCCAGAGUUUAUAUACAGUCAGGCCCAUAGUUAACAAUUUUGUAAGAUGACGUUAAGCUACAGUUGCUGUGAUUGGAAA